UUCAUGUUCAACUGAUACUUGACAGUCCACUAAUGUUAUUUGAUUGGGUUUUAAUUUAUUUGUGCAGUCAAGUGUGGCACAGUGCCAGUCGCAUCUCUGCAAUCUUGGGGUGUUAUCUGCAAGUUUCUUAUCAAGAAGUUCGGAUCCAACGUGCAAAAGGGCUUGGAAAAAAAAAAAAAAAAAAAGGUUCCCCAGUCGUACAUCAAACCCUAGUUCCCCAUCACCGCUCUCUCUCUACCUCCUCCCCCUUUCCUCCCUUUCUGAAGGUAAUAAAAAUGCCUGAUCCUUCAAAGGUCAUUCAUGUUCGCAAUGUGGGCCAUGAAAUCUCGGAGAAUGACUUGCUUCAACUAUUCCAACCAUUUGGCGUCAUUACCAAACUUGUAAUGCUUAGGGCAAAAAAUCAGGCCCUCUUGCAAAUGCAAGAUGUCCCUUCAGCUGUAAAGGCAUUGCAAUUCUACUCUAAUGUUCAACCCAGCAUAAGGGGGAGGAAUGUUUAUGUUCAGUUCUCAUCUCACCAAGAACUGACAACUAUGGAUCAAAAUGCACAAGGCCGUGGAGAUGAGCCUAAUCGAAUUCUCUUAGUCACAAUACAUCACAUGCUAUACCCUAUAACCGUGGAUGUGCUGCAGCAAGUGUUUUCUCCACAUGGAUUUGUAGAGAAGAUUGUCACAUUUCAGAAGUCGGCUGGUUUUCAAGCUUUAAUCCAGUAUCAAGUACAACAGAGUGCUGUUUCUGCAAGGAACUCACUUCAGGGACGUAAUAUAUAUGACGGCUGCUGUCAGCUUGACAUACAGUUCUCUAACCUAGAUGAAUUGCAAGUGAACUUAAAUAAUGAACGUUCAAGGGAUUUCACUGACCCAAAUCCACCAUCAGAACAGAAGGGGAAAUCUUCUCAACAAAGAUAUGGAGACAUGUACCCCUUCCAAGGUUCUGGAGCUCAUGCAGGUGGAUUUCCUCAGAUGGGAAACACUGAAGCAAUUGCAGCUGCGUUUGCUGGUGGUUUGCCACCUGGAAUUAGUGGGACAAAUGACAGAUGUACUAUUCUUGUUUCUAAUUUAAAUUCAGAUAGAAUAAAUGGGGACAGACUUUUUAAUCUGUGCUCCCUUUACGGGAAUAUUGUCAGAAUUAAGAUUCUGCGCAAUAAGCCAGAUCAUGCUCUGGUUCAGAUGGGUGAUGGGUUCCAGGCGGAGUUGGCUGUUCACUUUUUGAAGGGUGCCAUGUUAUUUGGAAAGCGUCUGGAAGUCAACUUCUCAAAGCACGCCAAUAUUACUACAGGACCGGACACACAUGACUACUCAAAUUCAAAUCUCAACCGCUUUAACCGUAAUGCUGCUAAAAACUACAGAUACUGCUGCUCCCCUACCAAGAUGAUCCACCUAUCCUCCUUGCCCCAGGAUGUAACGGAGGCAGAGAUUGUGGCACAUUUGGAGGAGCAUGGUCCCAUUAUCAAUAGUAAGCUUUUUGAAAUGAAUGGAAAACAGCAGGCUCUUGUUCUUUUUGAAAAGGAGGAGCAGGCAACUGAGGCCCUCGUAUGGAAAAAUGCUACAUCUCUUGGUAGCUCAACCAUCCGGAUUUCAUUUUCUCAGUUACAGAGCAUAUGAGAAGCCUCUUGUGAUAGGAUCCUUAAGAAGUCGAUGCCCUUGUAUACACAAUAAUGACAACGAUGUAAUUUGCUUUCACUGAUUUGUAUUUUUAGUUUCUGCUGCCUUGUGUUA